AGCAUGUAGACAAUGUCAGUGUUUGUGUUAUGUGUGUGCCAGGAGAUAAAGACUCAGGCAUCUGAAAGCUGCAGUCAUUUACGUCAGGGAAGGGAUGAGAAACAAAGCCCAAAUUACCAUGAAGGGGCAAUUUGGGCACUGGAUUUUACCUUUUUUGCUGUUUGGGUUUGUCCAGCCUGGCAAAGGGCAAGGAUCAUAUCAGGUUAAUUGUAAUAGUUCGGCGGAUGACAGCUUCUAUAACUAUGGGGCUACCACCAUAGACGGGAGCAAGUUCAUCCCCUUUUCAGACUAUAUGGGGAAAAUCGUUCUCAUUGUGAAUGUGGCUUCCUACUGAGGACUCACAAUGCAAUAUCUUGAACUGAAUGCACUUCAUGAAACUUUUAAACCUUAUGGACUCACAGUUUUGGGCUUUCCAUGUAAUCAGUUUGGACUACAAGAACCAGGAAACAAUAAUGAAAUCCCUUAUGGUCUGAAAUAUGUUCGCCCAGGGGGAGGGUUUGUUCCAAAUUUCCAACUUUUUCAGAAGGGGGAUGUGAAUGGUCGGAACGAGCAGAGUGUGUUCACCUUCCUAAAGAAUUCCUGCUCUCCUGUUGGAGAUACCUUUGGAAAUCCAACAAACAGACUCUUCUGGGAACCAAUGAAACUCAAUGACAUCAAGUGGAAUUUUGAGAAGUUUCUGGUGGGGCCCAAUGGGAAGCCAGUAAUGCGCUGGCAUCCUAGAUAUCAAGUGUCUUCCGUAACACAUGAUAUCACAUCAUACUUACGAUCUUUAAUGGAUAAUCAGUCACAGAAGAGAUACAGAUAUGACUCUGAUUAAAAGCAAACACAAAGCAUGGUGAUGUUUGUAGGGCAGUGCUUUUAACUUGCUCUCAGCUAGCAUGUCCUAUGGGAAGCAGAAAAGGGCAACUUUUUUUGAACAUCAGAUUUUUUUCAGCUGUUGGCAAUAUUAAGGUGAUUUUGGUUUCAACUUUUUGUCAGCUGUCCAACCAUCUUAUUGAUUUCACAAACAUUACUGCACCAUUAUUUCUAUCCUGCUUUACUGUCCCACAGACCAUUAUCUCAGGUAAUGGCACUAGUGAUAAGUUUCACUUUCACGUUUUUGUCUUUAGAGGCAAACAUACAUUUGCUACUACAGAUUAUCCCCCAGUAUUGAAAAAGUGGAUGCAUGCUAUGCUUAACAGAAUAUAGAAAGCUGCAUUAUGAACCAUUUCUUGGCAAACCAUGCAUGUAUCAUCCAUGCUUAGAAUAAAUUAUCAGACAGAUUACACAUUAUGAACAGAAGUGAGCUGGGUGAAAUUCGUACCACCUGCUUCGUCUGAGGAUUAUGCUUAAUGAGAGCACAGCAUUUCAUAUGUAGAACUAUUUUUAUUUUUGUGAUAAGUUUCGUCUUUGUUUUCUGCUGCUAUAUUCUGUGAAACAACAGAGGUAACUGGUUGAGAACAGAAAAGUUUACAUAAUUAUGAGGGUCAGGCCUAAAAGCAGACACUCUGUGGGGUCUGUCCUGAGUCAGUGCAGACACAGAAUAGCUCUUCAGUGCAUUCAGGCUGUUCUGUAUGUUCUUGCAUCAGGUAUGUGUACUUUUCAUGUUGAAUUGCUUCUACCUGUUGAACCUCUGUAACCUGUGUUUAACUAGAGAGGAAUAAAGCAAGUUCCUUCACAAAGCA